AUGCUAGACAAUCUUACUAAAACACUUAACCAUCCUAAGGUGAAAAACUCAACCAAAGCCAAGGUUUUGAUGCGUGCUAUGUAUGGAGUUAAGGUGGUAACUUUGUUUGUUUGUAGCAUCUUUAUGGCUGCAUUCUCAGGUUCGGCAAAGAAGUUGAGGGAUUUCCAAGUUCUCGAAAUAUGCUUGUGGGCAGAAGCUUUUAUCGAGCUACAGUUUUUUGUUAACAGAGGGAUAAGAAAUACAUUUUCAAGUGAUUUGGGGAAGAAGAGUGAGAAGCUUUCACAAGGAUUAGAUGUUCUUGCAAAGGAAGUGGAUGGCUUCUUCCAUAUUGUUUUGAUCGAAUUGGAUGCUUUGCUUUGCAACUUAAGAGUGGGUAAAUGUUCAUCCUUUUGACCCGCACCAUUGUUCUUGCUUUAUUUGUAUAUUUUCUUUUAUUUAUCUACUGCAAUUUUUGAGUUUGAUGUUUGCAUCAAGCUAACAACUUUGAACAUUUUUUUUAAGUCACUAUGCACACCAGUGUUUCGAUAUAGGUUUCUGAAUUGAUGCUUUAGUUGCUUAAAAUGAACAUUCUAAGCAAGGAGUUUGUUGGAGUAAUAAGUAGUGGUUUAAAUCAGAACUUGCUAGGCACCCUUUGCGAGGAGAGUAGGC